AUUCGGAAUGGAUGUGUCAUCAAUCUGUCAUUUCCGCCGAUUGCAAAAUUCCACAAGGCUAGAUUUCAGCCUCGACCCGAACCUCUUAACCUUGUUCAACAACCUACCUUUCCUCUAAACCCAUAUAUACAAAAUGCCAAUCUUCGGCCUCCCCUUCGACCACCACUCCUCUGUACCCCAAUUACGAUCCCGCUCCGCGCUCCCACGCCGAAAACGCAAACGUGCCUCCUCUUCUGACGAAGAAUCCUUCUCCGAGCCCGAACUCGCACCUGCGUCCACGAACCCGCUGAGUCUUGCGCCUGAGGAAAUCGCACAGUAUCGACUCGCAGGCUUAGAACUCAAUGAGGAAUUGCCGAGUCAGGGAGUAGAUGGGGUGAAGGAUUUUCCACAUCGUCCGCUGCCGGUCCGGUUUUUGCGGGAUGGUCUGGGAGACACGGGCAAGGGGAAAGGGAAGGGAAAAGAGAAGGCGCCAGAUGAGGUAGAGAAUGAUGAUCACGAGACCGAGAACAAGGACGAGGAUGAGGAGGAAAAACAAAGGGGGGAAAGAGGGCCGAGGCUACGGAUACAACACCUGAAUGUUUUGACGACCAUCCUGCAUAGAUGUCUACUAGAAGGAGAUGCUCCGCGCGCGAGUCGCGCGUGGGCGAUGCUGCUACGCGAGCAAUUCCUGGGGAAACAUAUUAGUCUUAGAGCAACUGGAUAUUGGGCUAUUGGGGCGGAGGUUCUGAUGCACAGUCAGGAUCGUAGGCUAGAACGGCGGAAUAGCGACCCUGAAAGCUCAGGAGCUGAACAAGAUCAGGGCGAUGAGCAAUAUCAAGGUCAAAAAGAAGAUGUGGGAGAGGGGAGAUGGGGAACUGCAGAGGGGCUGGAAAAGGCGAAAGCGUAUUAUGAAUACUUGAUACUGCAGUAUCCGCCUAAACGACGUAUGCAAACGUCUCUCAGCUCGUUAGACUUUUGGCCGGCGAUGCUGAGUUGUGAGAUUUAUGGGAUUCAGUGGGAGCACAGAGAAAGGUUAAGGAAGAUCGCGAUGGCUGAGCAGAAUGAGGAUGAAUAUGAGGGGAGCGCAACUGAAGAGAGCGAAGGAAUGGGGGAAGAUGAAGAUAAUGAAGAAGAUUGGGAAUAUGCCGCCAACGAACGGAGGCAAGCUCGGCGGCAACAAAGGAAAGAGGAAAGGAUAUGGCAACAAAAAGAAGAGGCACGACAGGAUGCAUUGGCAGCUGCUAAGAGUAUCGCUGCAAGGAUGGACACACUCAUGACAACUACGCCAUACGUAGACGCUCGUACCCUUAUCCGGCUUCGAGGAAUGCUGGCUCUCUAUAUCGGAGACCUCAGUGUACCAGCUCUCCCUAUUGAUAAUGAGGAGGAUAUAGAGGGAUCUCGGCUACGGAGUGGUGGGAGAGAUGAGCGUAGAUUUUUGCUGCGGCAAAGGCAGGCUGAACAUGAGAAGGGAAAACAAGUACGGAGGGAAGAGAGAGAGCGAGCGCAAACUCUGUUUGAUAGGAUCGUGAGACAAGGGGGCUGGGUUGGAGAUAUCAAGGACGUGAGACUUGAUGAAGACGAUGGUGCUGAGGAACUUUAUAGUCCUAGUCCCUAAGGGCAACGAAGCUUCUUUUAAGAUACCCUGAGAUAGAGCUUUUCGGAUAGGUCAA